AUGAUUUUCACAUCCUUGAAAUUGUCCGGCGCAAAUUGUUUUCGACUAGAAUCAGCAAAGAAUGGUAGCGAUGGCAACGAGUUGGUGGACAAAACGGACUGUACAAACUCACACAUCAUCCUCAUUCAGUCCGAGUACUUCACAGAAUGUGGACAACCGCAUAACCCCAGUCCGUGCCGGAUCGAACAAGGCUUGCCAACUCUGACAGGAACGGAUCGAAAACGGGGUCGUGAUCUAAUGACUGCGGAUGGCAAUAGUGCGAAGGCAUAA